ACGUCAGUACCGGCAGCAAACAUGGCGGCGGCCCGUGUUUGUUCAGUUGUACCGGUUCUGUUAAAAUGUGGAAAUUACAGCUUCAGCGUGAAUGUGGCGACUGCGAAGUUAGGCAAACAGGUUGAGGUCCUCUGCAGGAACAUCAGCCAGAACUCGGCGCUCUGCAGGAAAAACCUCGCGGCCGCAGGACCAGAGAAGUUCACUGCUGAGUUUAUCCAAAAGCAGAUCGAAGAGUUCAACAUCGGAAAACGACACCUGGCCAAUAUCAUGGGAGAAGACCCCGAGAACUUCAGCCAGGAGGACAUAGAUAGGAGCAUCGCUUACCUGUUCCCCUCCGGCCUAUUUGAGAAGAAAGCUCGGCCCCUGAUGAAGCACCCAGAUGAAAUUUUCCCAAUGCAAAGAGCUGUGCAGUGGGGGGAGGAUAGACGGCCAUUCCACUUCCUGUUUUACACCGGCAAACAGUCUUACUAUUCACUGAUGCAUGAGCUUUAUGGCAGAAUGAUGAACAUUGAGAAGCACCAAGAUCGUCUUAGAAGCAAAGGACUCUUCUCCAAAGAUGGUCACAAGAUCUCUCUGGGGAUGAGUAGGUGGCUCACAAAAGAGGAACUAGAGGCCUUGUUGGUGGAGAACAUCUCUACUCAUGAUUACAACCGCUUCAUCCAGAUAAUGGAGCGGCUGCUGUCCAUGCCGUACUGCAACAUCGAAGAGGAGUUUGUUCUACGUUUCCGGCACCUUCUCCAGACUCAGUCCAGGCAUCAGAUGGUCUCAGCGCUGCAGAAAGAUGAGAAUGGCGUGGCUUUUAGCUCUGCAGAAGGUUGCAGGAAGACGUCUCACUCCACCGUUGUCCUUCGAGACUGCGGCUCUGGGCGCCUGAGUGUCAACGGCCAGGACUCGCUCCUGUACUUCCCUGUGCUUCAGGACAGAGAGCAGCUGAUGUUCCCGCUGCAGUUUACAGGCACGCUGGGACGCUUUGACCUGGAGUGCACGGUGAGCGGUGGAGGCAGAUCCAGCCAGGCGGGGGCGCUGCGGCUCGCCGUCUCCAGAGCACUCCUCAGCUUCCUGUCUCCGAGUGAGGGGGAGAUGAUGAGACAAGCUGGCCUUUUAACACCCGACCCCCGUGUGAGAGAGAGGAAGAAGCCAGGUCAGGAGGGCGCACGUCGCAAAUUUACCUGGAAAAAACGUUGAUUGGAUCUGAAUUCAACUUUUGGAUUUAGAAACUGUAGUGAGAUCAUUCGGCCACCAGGUGGCGUCCUGCUACAAAAAUAUGCCAUUGGUUCUGUGUAUACUUAAAUUAAAACAUUUUCAAUAAUAAUGGA